UUGCAGAUUCUCUGGAAUUCCCGCUUCCCCAGAAAAAAUCUCUGAAAAAUUGCACAGCAUUUUCUUUUCGCUGAAAUGGGAGCAGAGAGAGAAUCAUAUUAGCAGAACCGACCUUCAAUAAUGGCGAGACUUCUGGGUAGUUGUUGCAGGAAUCACUGAGACUUAUUGGGGAAGCCUUGGUAGUUGGGCUUUUCAAUGGCUCAAGAUACUUCCGGCACCGAUUCAAAUUACAAGCGCCAAGGUCUCUUGAAAGAUCAAGUGCGUUUGGUCAAGAGGAAAGACAGUGAUCGCUAUGAGAUUGUCCCAAUCCAUGAUCUUCUGUCCUUUGACAAGGGUUUCUUUAUAGUAAUCCGUGCUUGCCAACUGUUAGCCCAGAAAAAUGAUGGAAUGAUAUUGGUAGGAUUGGCUGGCCCUUCUGGGGCUGGUAAAACUAUAUUUACAGAAAAAAUACUCAAUUUCAUGCCUGGCAUUGCAGUCAUUUCAAUGGACAAUUACAAUGAUUCCAGUCGAAUUGUUGAUGGGAACUUUGAUGAUCCACGCUUAACAGACUAUGAUACAUUGCUCCAGAAUGUCCAUGAUUUGAAGGCAGGAAAAUCAGUUGAGGUUCCAAUCUAUGAUUUUAAGUCCAGUUCACGCACAGGAUACAGAACAGUUGAAGUCCCCAGCUCCCGCAUUGUGAUCAUAGAGGGCAUCUAUGCAUUAAGUGAGAAGUUGCGACCCCUACUGGACCUUCGAGUAUCUGUCACUGGUGGAGUUCACUUGGACCUUGUCAAACGAGUUAUUCGGGACAUACAACGUGCUGGCCAAGAACCUGAAGAAAUUAUUCAUCAAAUAUCUGAGACGGUAUACCCAAUGUACAAGGCCUUUAUUGAACCAGAUCUUCAGACAGCGCACAUCAAAAUUGUCAACAAAUUCAAUCCAUUUACUGGUUUUCAAAGUCCUACCUACAUACUAAAGUCGGCAAGGAAAGUAACAGUUGAUGAAAUUAAAGCUGUUCUCUCUGAAGAUUAUAAGGAAACAACAGAGCAGACUUAUGACAUAUAUCUUCUGCCUCCUGGUGAAGAUCCAGAAACUUGCCAAUCAUACCUACGGAUGCGGAACAAAGAUGGGAAAUACUGUCUGAUGUUUGAGGAAUGGGUGACAGAUAAUCCUUUUGUUAUAUCCCCAAGAAUUACUUUUGAGGUAAGUGUGCGCCUUCUUGGUGGGCUGAUGGCCUUGGGGUACACGAUUGCUGCCAUCCUUAAAAGAGAUAGCCAUGUGUACUCUGACGAUAGGAUCUGUGUGAAACUUGAUUGGCUUGAGCAACUGAAUCGACAUUAUGUUCAGGUGCAUGGAAGAGAUCGCAUGGUUGUAAAAUAUGCAGCAGAGCAGCUGGGUCUGGAUGGUUCUUACAUUCCUCGUACCUACAUUGAGCAAAUUCAACUUGAAAAGCUUGUAAAUGAAGUUAUGGCCUUGCCAGAUGAUUUGAAGACAAAGCUUAGCCUAGAUGAGGAUUUGGUGUCAAGCCCCAAAGAAGCCCUUUCUCGAGCCUCUGCAGACAGGGUUGCCAUGAGAAGUAAGCAUAUCAGAAGCCUGUCACAAUCAUAUACAAAUCAAAGGGACAAGAACCUAGCGAAACUUGCACUAUAUGUUUCCAAGAAUCGCGGGUUUAGUGAAAGAAAUCUGGAUUUGCCAACAACACCAUCAAAUCAGCUAAACAUCACUCAGCUUUCCGAGCAAAUCUCCUCUCUUAAUGAUAGAAUGGACGAGUUUACAAAUCGCAUUGAGGAGCUGAACUCAAAGUUAGCUAUCAAGAAAAAUUCUCUCAGCCAGCAAAAUAUGUCCCUCCAAGCCGAAGCUUGCAGUGGUUCUGCUCCUACCUCUUACUUCCUUACUAGUCUGGGCAGUGGCUCUUUAACUGGAUCCAUUAUGCCAAAUUCCUCAUCUUCAUUGCAGUUAGCCAAAGAGUCACCUUUAAUUGAAGAGGUAUCUUAA